UAUUAUACAAGUUCAAUUACAACCAAUUCUAACAAUUUGUUAUACUACUCGUGAGCAUCCACUCGCGUUCGCAAUUUGUUUUAGUAUAAACUCAAUUCCAGAGUCAGUGUUUCUGCAUCACUUGCGCCUAAACUGUUUCAUUGUUAAAUAUGCGCUUAGCUUUCUUCAUAAUAUUACUACAAGUUCAGGCAUGGAGCGCCAUUGCUGAUUAUGUACCAGCAGCGGAUUGUGGCAAUGUGUUUGACUGUGUGUCUGAAAGCCCAAAUGCUAUAUGUGCAUUAGAUCGGGAACUAGUGUGCUUUAAAUCUUUCGAUUCCUUAUGCCAUUUAAAGUAUGAAGAAUGCCAAAAUCAAAGAGAGUUCCCGGUUUAUCUGCACGCAUACUGCGAAAAUUCUGCCUUUAUGUGUAACAACUGAUUGGAGUUUUGGAAAGCAAGUGCAAAUGUGAAUUUUUUUAUAGUACAUAAAUAUAAUUAUGUAUUCUUCUACUGAAAAUAUAUAAAGUAAAGUAACUAAAUAUUUUUUUCAAAUAUUUCUAAUUACCGUUUAAGCUGUUUAUGUACUAUUUUAGUAGCACUCUUAAUUUGAAAGCGUAACGGUAUGAAACUAUAAUCUAUUUGUAGUUGUUUUAGAUAGGUGUUUACACAUGUGCAUACGUUUGUUUGUACGCUUUGCUCUGUGUAAACUAUGCGGUGAGCAUUUUCUGAGAUAAGACAAUGCGGAAAUAAAUAUAUAUAUAUAAAGUUCCACAGCGAAAAAGAAUUUGGUACAAUAUAAACC